AUGACUUCGUCAUCUUCGUCUUCGAACGGCCCAACGGCGUUCCCGCCGCCGGCCGUCUUUUUGGCAGUGCCCGGUCCGCCGAUAGUAGCUUGGCCGGCAUGGAAGCGUGCUUUUCUGACUUUUCUUGACGCGUCGGCGUUGCAUCUCGUAGAACCGUUCCGAAAAAAAGCCAUCCUGUUUUCGCUGUUGGGCACUGAGGGCCAGCGCGUCGUGGAUGCAUUUCAGCUGUACGAGACGGUUGCGGUGGAGGGGACUGACGAGUUCCAGGUUUUUCUGGAGGCAGUCGAGAAGCAUUUUGAGUUUUCGGGUAGUAUCGCGCUUGAACGCCAGAAGCUGCGCGGUAUGUUCCAACGUCCUGGCCAGUCGGUAACUGAGUUUCUUGCCGUGUUGCGCCAUCAGGCUUCGUUUUGUGCUCUGGGGAACGCGCUCGAUGAAAGACUUUGCGAGGUUUUCUUGGAAGGCCUGGAGUCCAGACGCGUUCAGGAUCGCGUUCUGCAGGAGUGCGACGGCAGCGAGCUGCCAACGCUGUCGCGGGCUAUCCAGAUCGCUCGCCAGUACGAGCAGAGAGCGAAGACGGCCGCAAGUUUUCGGCGGCGAGAGUCGCAAGUCCCGGUCGCGGCAGAAGUCCAGCGUGUCCAGAUCGAGGAACGUCAAACGGCAGCAACACAAGAUGGCGGCCAAGCGUCGUUUUCUUCCAUCGAGCAUGGGCAAGAUGGCUACAGCGGCUACCCUCCCUGGCCUCAACCUGGCUACCCCCCGUCGCAGCUUGGACCCAGGAUGCCUUGGGCUCCAGUGGCCUCCGGUCACGUGCCCCGUUUUCCGGCGAGGGUGUUCCAGCCUCAGCGUGAGCGUGAGCCCGCUCCGCCUCGGACGGGUGGAAUCGGAGCAGACGACGCCUGCUACUUCUGUGGACGCCGCCGUCAUGAUCGAUCGGUUUGCCCGGCGUCUCAAGCGACAUGCUUCUUAUGUGGAAAGUGGGAACACUACUGGGUUCCUGUGACCCCGCAGCGUCUGGUCUCUUGGGGAGACCCGGUUCAUCUGCUGCACCCAUGGCAGGUGCACCUCGCCAUGCAGCGCUGGGUUCUCCCAAGGAGCGAGAUCUGUUUGCUGCGGCAAAGUUUACAGUUCCGGUUGCUGCGGCCGAGUCUCCUGCUCCGGGUGCUGUACCGGGGCCUGUUCCUGGACCUGUUCCUGAAACUGUUCUUAAAGCUGUCCCUGGGCCUGCCUCUGUUCCUGGGGGCCCUGCUCCUGUUUCCGAGGGGAAUCUCGGGUCAGCUGUACCCGACAUGA